CAGGACCAGACGUACAACUAGGCAGAAGUAUGGCCCCCGGAGGUGGGCGUUAUUGGGAUGAUAAAGAACGGACAUUAUGAAAGAAAGGUUAGAUUUUGUAGCUCCGGAAAAUUCUGUGGAGUCAGGCCGUGUUCAGACCAGAUUGAAUCACCAAGGAUAAGGCGCAUGACCCACAAAUGGCUUCAUACAAAGACAUUCUGAAAGAGAAGGAGAACCAGAACUGGCUUAAAGGCUCCCUCGCACUUAGGAUCACCAAGGCCGGUCUACGGGAUCUUGUAGAAGGCGACUCAUACCGCGUUCAGCAAAAUAUUUAUUCCUCAAUCAUCCAGGCUCGGAACCUCGCACCUGGGGCAUCAUGCAAUCUUUGUCUGACGGAGAACCUUAUACGGUGUCCUACAAAAGGACUGUGCUCAACUCCUCGAAACUGCAAGUAUCACAAUUCUGCACUAAAAAUGUCCAGACCUUGCCCCUCGCAGAUGUGCGAUGAUUUUCGGGACGAAUUAUGCGCUGUUCACAGAUACGGAGGACCGUCUUGGAAGAACACUAAGGCUGACCAGUGGUGUUCCAGCCAUUGGCAAGUUGCCAAAUCUUUUAUGCCACCUGACGGCUACCAAGAUGUUUCCACGUUUGACGAGACAGAUUUCAAUGGCAUCAUAAGCGUCAUGAUCAACUGUACAGAGAUCCAACGAAGCGUUUCCUUCAAUAUCACUAACCAACCCAACGUUUUAACGACGGCUCGGCAGAUUGGUCGAAGUAUUCGUCAUUCUCCAGAUUUGAAAGUGACAGAUAACAACUUAGCUGACUAUUUUGCCACACUGAAUACACUUCUAACAGACUCAAAAUAUCUUGCUAGUGACAGCAAUGCCCAACAAGCUGUUAUUAAACUAAAACAGCUUGAAAAAGACACUAUUUCAAUAUCGUCCGAAGAUGUCCGUGAACUACUUGAAGAAGCCAGAGCAACAAUACAGGUUGGAAAGCAUGAGCUUGUGAUGUCCUUGGAGACAGGAAAGCAAGAUGUACAAAAUGUGGUUGCUGUAGGUUUAAGAGCAGUUGAGACUGGAAAACGUGAAAUAGAAUCGACGGUGUCGGAGAGUAAAACAUCAAUUGCUACUGUAAAACGUCAACUAGAAGAGACGGUUUCGAAGGGAACAAGAAUGGUUACAACUGGAAAACGUGAGGUGGAAGAGAUGUUGUUGAAGGGUAAAACGGCCAUUGCAACAGGACAAUUUGAAAUAGAAGAGGCGGUGUCGAAGGGUAACAUAGCCAUUUAAACAGGAAAACGUGAAAUAAAAGAGACGUUGAUGGAGAGUAAAACAGCCAUUGAAACUGGAAAACGCGAAAUGAAAGAGAUGUUGUUGGAGAGUAAAACAGCCAUUGAAACUGGAAAACUCGAAAUGGAAGAGACAGUAUUGGAGGGAAAAAUAUCGAUUGAAACUGGAAAACGCGUUAUUGAAGAGACUGCAUCAGAAGCCUUGCUGAGAAUAAGAGACGUUUCUUCCCUGUCAAACGUAGAACGGAAGGAAGAUCUACGACAACGGCUGACAAAAUAUUAUCGAAAGCGACUCAAUAGUGCGCCCAUAUCGCCCCUGUUGUCGGACAAGAACGAGAAACUUGAUAUGUUUUACGUCCCUCAAAAAAUCUUUGAGAAAAAUCACAGAAAGGUUGGUAUGGAUAUGAAAGGAAAGGGAACACCUGUGACAUCUAACCGACAAUUGUUCUGUCAAAUGGAUGAAUUCAGAAAAAACGUGUUCAUUGUUGGCGAGGCCGGAAUGGGAAAGACAUCAUGUGCCGCAAUGUGUGCUUUAAAGUGGGCAAAUUAGUUAUCAUCAACUAAUACGAUUAACGAACCCGACAAGCAUUCUUCAAAUCAAACGUUAUCUGAGUCUUUGGGGUCACUUAAGUUGUUUCAAACAAACAGCGGUCUUAAAGAAAUGUUCCUUCCCGAAACAAAGGAGGAUGACCAAUUUCGAGAUGAAGGCAUCUAUAAAGAAAUUGAGUUUUUAUUUCACCUUACUCUGAGAGAUAGCUGCGACCUCUGCGACCUGACAGACAUGAUACGCGAUCAGCUCAUCAACAUAAUUUAUCAACAAGAUGAGAGCGCUUGUGCAUACUCAACUAUGCAAAGUGUUUUGUCCAACAGCAAAUGCGUGAUCAUAGCAGAUGGCCUGGAUGAAUGGACUCAUCCUAAUGAAACAAAAUGCCGCUGUUCAGAAGAAGACAAAGUACUCCCAUAUUUAGCGCCAACAAUAGAUGCAACUGUCAUGAUAACAUCCCGACCCUGGAGGAUGUCCCAACAACGCGUAAAGGACACAAACAUUGACACGUAUCUUGAAAUAGAGAGAACUGCGGAUAUAAAGCUACUGAUUCAGAAAAUAUUGAACAUUCUCAAUGAAACAGUUGAAGAAAAGAGAACAUUGCUAGAUUUGAUCAAGUUUGUUGAUAGAAUGGAUGUAACACGUCUUUUAUUCAUACCUAUUAUAGCAAUGUUACUUGUAUAUUUGUGGUUUGAGGGAAUGCAUGAAUCCUUUUCUGUGUGUGACAUAUACGGAUAUACUAUUGAAAUGAUGUUUGGGCGUAAAGCUCUUCCUGUUCCUUUAGUGUCGCAGAAAAAUGUUCUUUUCCCACGAUGUUUCCAGUACACGGAAAAUGUACACAAGUACUACAGCAUUGUUAUGGAGAUAGCACAACUUGCAUUUACAACUUUAUUUUCUAGCGACCGAACGUCGUCCUUAGUUUUUAAGAAAGUUGACAUUUUGCCGCCCGUUAAUCUCAUGUUUUUACUGAAGUCCGGAAUUUUACAAGAAACAAAAGCAGCAUCUUUGAUAAGAAAGACAUCAAACUACUCGUUCAUCCACAAAAGUGUUCAGGAGUUUCUUGCUGCAGUAUACAUAUCCUACCAUCCCGAAGAGUUUUAUAGAGUUUUAACUUCCUUUUAUGAGAAGAACGGUGACUUGUUGGAUAUUUCACAGGUUUUCAUGUUCAUGUGCGGUCUGAACAUUGAGUUAGCAAAUGAGAUGUCUGCCAUAAUGUCGAACAGUAUCCGCAACGAUUACGAGUUCUUGACAAAUAUAAUAGGCAAUCAUAUUCAGAAUCUGAUGGUCUCAGGCUAUAAGGAAGCCAAAGCCAGUGAACAAGUGGGUAUUCAGCUGUCACUGUUUGAUUAUUGUUAUACUACUGAGUCCGAUACAAUAGAUGCACUGCUAUCAAUGAACAAGUCCAGGGUACGUUAUAUCACUACCAAGUAUUCUUGUAUAAGCCAGGAGAAACUUCAGGAAGCGUUCAAUUGCUCCACGGACACACUAUUCUUUGUAAUGAUAGAUCAACAGACUGGAAAGUAUGACCUUUCGGCGUGCAACCGUCUCCAACACUUAUCUAUCACUAGAUCUGAAACGACGGACAUUGUGGUCAAAACUAAGAAUUUACUUUCAUUAGAUUUAACUUUUGUUUCAAAAUCGGUUGAAUAUAGCAUUUUGAAGUCAUUUGAGCAUGGGUCGAAUAAUUUAAAAAUCUUAGUUAUAGAAGGUAGUACCAACAAUGCUUUAUUAUGUCAAACUCUUCCACGACUAACACAUUUAAUACGCUUGAAAAUGUCGGGUAUAGACCUAGGUAAUAACGCACUGCUGCUACCACAUUUUGUCGAAUGUGCUCAUCUAGAAGAGGUAACAAUGACAGCGCGGUCGUUCAGGGGUAUGGUGGAGUGGCUUGAAAACCGCACAAAUGGUGUCAGGUGUGUCCUAGAUGGAUGUACCGUGGCACCAAAGAAACAGUACCAAAAAAUAAAACGGUAUAUUCAGACAAGAGUGAAUUUGAAGUCUGAAAUACAGGACGGCCUUUUGAUCAUGAAAACUGUUGCUGUUGAAACAAAGACUAAUAAAUAGUGAUUAUAACAAUUGAGAAACCUAUGAGUUAUCGUUGUGUAAUUGAUGUGAUAAUUGUUGCUUAAAUAAACGGAAAUAACAGGGAUAUCAGUUAGCAUUGUGUUAUUGAUGUGAUAUCUGCUAUAUAAAUUGAAUGAAGUAAUAUAGAUAUGAGUAAUGGAAUGAGUGAAAUAAAGGAAACACGACUUGAGUAAACAAUGUGUAAUUGAUGUGAUAUUUGUCAUUUAAAUCGAAUGAAGAAAUAGCGAUAUGUACUGUGUUAUUUAUUUUUUAUAUGAGAUGAAUAAAGAAAAAGGGAAAGGCGUUAACACUGUGUAGUUAAUUUAUUGUUGUUUUUUUAUAAAAAAAAUCGAUUUAGUAGUAGGGAUUUGGGUUCGUACGGUGUAAUCGGAAUGAUGUUUGUUAUACGAGUUAUAUGAAUUAAAUGAAGUAAUAACGAUUUCACUAAGCACUGUGUUAUUGAUGCAAUAUGUGUUAUAUAAAUUGAAAGAAAUUAUUAGGAUGAUAUUAAGCACUAGUAAGGACUAUGUUAUCGAUGUAAUACUUGUUAUAUAAAUCGAAAGAGGAAGUAAACUAUGAGUAAGCACUGUGUAAUUUAUUUGAUGUUUUAUAUUAUCUAAAUGUAUUUACUGUUCGUAAAUCGUAUGUAACGGAUAGUUUACAUUUGCUUUACCCGACAUAUAGCACUGACUUUAUAAACUAUGUAUAUG